CAGACCUUAAGCUAGCUAAAGAAACUCGAUCCUCUCUCCUCUGCACAUCUCUCUCUCUCUCUCUUCUUCCUCUUCCUUCCUCUCUCCUCGUCAUCUGCAGACACACAGAGCUAGCUAGCUAGCUGCAGGUCUGCCAAGUAAGAAGCCAAAAACCUCGCUUUGAGGAUACAGUUGCAAUGGGGAGGUCACCGUGCUGCGACCAGGACGCCGGCGUGAAGAAGGGCCCGUGGACGCCGGAGGAGGACAAGCUGCUGGUGGACUACAUCCAGAAGAACAGCCAUGGAAGCUGGCGCCGCCUCCCCAAGCUCGCCGGCCUCAACCGCUGCGGCAAGAGCUGCCGCCUCCGCUGGACCAACUACCUCCGCCCCGACAUCAAGCGCGGCAACUUCACCGACGAGGAGGAGAAGCUCAUCAUCCACUUCCACUCCCUCCUCGGCAACAAGUGGUCGUAUAUAGCGACGAAGCUGCCGGGGAGGACGGACAACGAGAUCAAGAACUACUGGAACACGCACCUCCGCAAGAAGCUCCUCGGCAUGGGCAUCGACCCGGUCACGCACCGCCCGCGCACCGACCUCAACCUCCUCGCCGGUCUCCCCAACCUCCUCGCUGCCGCCAACCUCGGGGGCCCCCUCGCCGGCGCCGCGCACACCACCUGGGACAUCAACGCCCUCAGACUCCAGGCCGACGCCGCCAAGUUCCAGCUCCUCCAGGGCCUCGUCCGCGUGCUCACCACCGCCGCCACGCCCAGCGUCGACCUCAUGGCCCUCCUCGCCGCGAGCAAUGGAGGGGUCAGCCAGCCCUCCGGCGCUGACCAGGGCGGCAGGGUCCAGUACGACGGCCUGCUCAACCUGCCGGCGUUGACCAGCGUGCCGGCUGUGGCACCAGGGAUGUCCUCCUUGGCCGGGCUGCUGAACGGUUUCGGUGGCGGAGGUGCUGGAAGUGCUCUCGCCGAGCUCGGCCACAGCGGGGCGAGCGGGAGCAAUACGACGGCAGCGGUGGCGCCACCGUUGGUGCUGGCGGAGGAGUGUAAUGGCGGUUGCAGCAGCGGCAGUGGUGCGACGCCUUGUGAGGAGACGCCGGCGUCGAGCCCGUUCGAGGGGCUGGAGAACCUGAAUUACCUGGAUGACCUUAACAGCGACAGUUGGAAGGAGUUGCUAGAGUGAGCAAAUGUCAUGGUUGAACCCGAAUGAUCAGCUGUGAGAGAAGAAUUAAACGACAUACUUCAUAGGAGAUGAAGAAUGCAAAGUUAAAUAGAUCGAGAGAGAGUUUUCUUUGGAUUAGUUGCACACUUCUUCGAGGAUGUUAAGUUCGUUUGUUGAUAGGACAAAAGGUGGUUUGAUCCACAUUUAGCUAUAUAUGUACAAAGAAAAAGAACGCCAGAAGGACAUGUUUAAUGUUUUCAAUUUUUUUUAUUUAUUUUUUCCCUUUGCUUUUACAAGGAGGAUAUGUGUAAUGAUUAGCUUGUGACACAAAAUGAAAGAACUUCCCUUUUCCACACCCAAGUGUGACAUUCAUAUAAUGUUGCUUGUGAGA